ACUCGGGAAGGGGAGGGGGGCUGCGAGAUGGUCAUAAAUUUGUGAUUUAACUCCACUGGCCGUCUGUGAGUCUGCACCGAGCUCUCCUCCUGCCUAAACUGUGUCUCCUCAGAUGCUGAGGGAGUAGCUCAGGAAGGAGGGUGGGUGAAAAAAUAGGAAACAAGAUUUCAGCACCGGAGCUGUCCACGGCUGUCUUGGGGAAGACUCUAUUCCUGCUAAAAGGGAGAAGCUGCUUCCGACUGUAAAUUCUCUCUGUGUGACUGUGAGGGCAACGGAUAAUAAACUGUUGUGCCAUUAGUCUCCCUGCGGGGGUACCGACGGGCGAGUGAAGGCGCACAUACUUCAUACGAGCCAAGUCUUGCCAUGCUGGACGGCCAGGCUUGAGACAGGAAGGAAAAAGUCCCCAGAAAGUCGCGGUAAACGCCAGCCUUUACCCUUUACGCAAUGGGAGUGCUUAUGUCAAAGAAGCAGCAGGUGGAGAAGGUGCAAAAAUGCACCGCCGUCGUCUCUGCCUUCCAGGCGGGCCUUAAGGAUCGUGCUGCCACAAUGAAACAGACAGAAGGACAAGCGGAGGAAGGUGAAGGGCACAAAAAGCCCAAUCCUGAUGAGAGAAAUGCUGAGGACUCGGUGCAAGAAGAGAAUGACAAUAGCGCAAGUCCAUCAACCUCCCAGCAGGCCUCAGCUCCGAUGAGAGAUGAGUGUAAAGUCAACCAGGAGGCUUGGUCGAGGUUGCGGGAUGGGAAAGGCGUGGAGCCGGAAGACCUUGAAAAGACUCAUCAGCUCACACCGCCUGCUUUUGUGCGACCCAAGAGGGAACCUGAUGAUGACCAGCCCAUAGAGGUGGAUCUGUAUAAGAAAGAGGAGCCACGGAGUGAUGAGAUGUGUGACGUGUGCGAGGUGUGGACGGCUGACGACCUGUACCCUUGCAGGAUCUGCACUCGGGUGUUUCAUGAUGGCUGCCUGAGGGAAUUGGGCUACCUGCGUGCUGAGGCUUUGCAGGAGAUGAGAGAUACAGCCCACACUGUUACUGGCUGGAGCUGCUACUAUUGUGACAAUCUCAAUCUACUUCUAACAGAGGAAGAGAUGUACAGCCUCAUGGAAACCUUCGAGCAAUGCAAGAUCAUCCCCGAGUCAUGCCUGGUGUCAGAUGUGCUGCUGCAGUACCGCCACUUUGUAUCCAAGCAGCAGUUUGAUAAGGACCUGACUGAUGAGCAAGAAGAGGAAGUCUUGGCCCAGUUUGCUGCGCUGGAUCCUGAGAAGAAGGGGCACAUCGAGUGGUCGGACUUUCUCUAUUUUGAGUCACUGGCAGUAUUAAGGAAAUUUCGCACAGAGAACUCACUGGUGCGUCUGUUAACUGCCAAGGAGAGAGAUACUGCAAGGUCGGUGUUCCAGGGUCUGGAUCUGGAUAAAGAUGGUGUAAUCACACGAGCUGAAUGCCGCCAAGCCCAGCAGUCUUGGUUUGACAAGCUCAAGAAAGACUCUCAGUCCUGCAAUGUGAGACUCAUGGGAUUCUGCUCUCCUAUGAAUUGUGGUAUAAGUCAUGUUGGCCCCAUAUGUGAGAGCAGUCCAGCCAGCUCUGGGAGUGAAAGGAGCAAGAAUGAUGACAGCAGGCCGGUGACCUGGGCAUUCUUUUUGAGGGAGAGUGCCAUUUACAUUUUGGCUGCACGGCCCAAUAGUUCUGCCAUGCACAUCCGAUUGCCUCUAUAGUCCAGGAUCCGUCACUGCACUCAGCAGAGAGAGAGAGAGAGAGAGACGUGAGGGUGUACCCUGUAGUCUACAGUUGAGUGAGGGAAGGAUAGACAUGCUUACACAAUGACAUGAGGAUGGGAAGUGAGAGAACUGGAUGAAGCAACGAGAGGUAGCAGAUCAAGCCACUGACAGAAUCUCUCCUCCUCUGCAUCACCUCAACACCACAACACUGACAAUACACGCUGACUGACACACCACAGAUGCAAGUGACAGGAGCUGUCACAGGUCCCCACUCCAAAACCUGACAGCUUUCAACAAAUGUGAGAACUAGAACAAGUAAGACGACAACCCACUCACAACUAGUAAGCUGGUGAUAUUUCUGAAACUUUAAGUGAUCACGCACACAGUCAGAUGAGCACCUAGGGUGGCCACAAUGACUCAAGCUAGACUUCACGGCUUCAUAAAACACCCGGGUGGGCAAAUUAGUGUGAUGGGCUUUUUACUCUUUCACGUGUUCUUUCCUUUGGGCCCCAAAAUGUCCUAAUUAUAACGCCAUACAACUGAAACAGGAUUCUGUUAUGCACCAUUAUAACUGUUAAUCACGCCACAUAGAAGCACAUGCAAAUUAAUUUCUGGUACUGUUUAUUUGUGGGAGAUUAACCACACAGCUACAUUAACAAACGUAUACCAAACACCAAUGAAAGCUAUCUGCUUACAUUAUAUCAUAAGAACUGCUAUACAUGCCAGUAUAAAUUAUCAAGCAUUAAAAUUGUAUUUAUUCCUAUAUUCUGAUGUAUCCUGUUUUCUCCAUUUUCAAAGAAUCUGUUUAAUAAAAUACUGUGAAAAAGGGAUGUCAACUGAACGUUAAAGAAAGCUAAACCUGUAAGUGACAUGUAUAUACUGCCAUAUAGUGCAUUUUUGUGUUGUUGUUCUCAGAGCUGCACUAUAACGAGGUGGAAAAUGCCACUCCUAUUCUAAUGUCAUUAUUUGCACUGUGGGAAUGAGAUGUAGUUGGACUAUUGUGACAUAAUCACUGUACUGAAGGACAAUGUGUGAUCUGGCGCAAAUAUUUGUCCUUUUUUAAUAUGCGGUAACACUUUAAAAACUAUGGAGAAUGAGAUGAAAUGAUACCAUGUAACCGAUUACACAAGAAUUUUAAGGCACGUGAACCUGCCCCUGGAAUCACUAGAAACCUACUGUAAUGACAUUAUGUAGUAUUUUAUGACAUGUAAUGAAGGUUUUACUCUGGGUUCUUUUGAAGUAAAUAAAGUGUGGUAAUUAAAUCAAA